AUGGAAUAUGAAGAGGAUGAUGACAUUUCCUUUGCAAAAUGGAUGAGCAGUUUCUGGGGUCACAGCUUGAUUGAUGAGAAUGAGAAAGAGGGUAGAGGCUACAGGAAACGCCAGACGCGAGCCUUUAGUGAAAGGAGAGCCUCCCUUCCAGCCAAGCUUUCGUCCAUCCAUAUGACAAGACUUCAUGCAUCUACCAAAACCCCAUCUUCAGGCCACGUGAGGGGCUGCAAGGAAUUUCAAGAGGGCCAAGACGUUAAAUGCCAUUGUCACAUGAAGGCAUGCAAAAUAUCCUCGCCAGAUGGCUCGGGAUCAACAAGUAGAUCAAACUCGAUCCAGGAAUUUUCAGAAUCCUUUGAGAAGCAACUGCAUUUCAAAAUCAAGCGCUCAGUUUCUUUGGAUGAAGAUUCGGAUCCAUGUGUUAUUUGUCAUGAUGAUCUUGAGACUGGCAGUAUAAUAGAACUUCACUGCAUGCACAGCUUUCACAAAGAGUGUAUCGAAAAGUGGCUGCUAAAAAAACCAACCUGCCCAACUUGUCGCAUCCAUGUGCUCAUGUCAAAAUCUAUUUUAGACCUUCAUCAACCGGGAUGAAAAUAGAGCUCAGAAGGACUCCAUAGAGGACUCAUUACAAAGCUCCAUUUCACUUAGAGAAGAGAAAACCAAAAAGAAUUGUCAUUCCUUAGAUCACAGGGUACAAGGUAGUUAUAACAAGUAUAGCUUUUUUUAAUGUUAGAAAUCAACUUUAAAGAUCAAAGAUGACUUAAAUGAAAAUCAACUAACACAUUCUGCCUGUGCAUGCCACUGCAACAUGCCAAUG